GCGCACGCAGCACGUGUUGCAAACGUGAGAGCAAACGCUGCUUCUGUCUCUGUCGCACUCGCUUGAAUUUGUGAGAGGACAGGAAAACAUUCGCAGCUUGAUUUAAAUUGAAUUUAAUUAAAUAAAGGUUGAAAAUGUUACGCAAAGUGCCGCUAAUAGUCAUACUAGGCUCAACGGGCACUGGAAAGACGAAACUAUCGCUUCAACUUGCUGAACGCUUUGGCGGCGAAAUAAUUAGUGCAGAUUCCAUGCAAGUCUAUACAAAUCUGGACAUAGCGACAGCGAAGGCAACAAAGGAGGAACAGUUAAGGGCCAAGCAUCAUCUGUUGGAUGUGGCAACGCCAGCGGAGCCCUUUACAGUGACACAUUUUCGCAAUGCAGCAUUGCCAAUAAUUGAACAGCUGUUGGCCAAGUCGAAACCGCCAAUUGUGGUUGGCGGCACGAAUUACUACAUUGAAUCCCUGCUGUGGGACAUACUGGUGAAUACCCAGGAGCAGCAGAUAAUGGGAGUAGCUGAUCAACAGUUGACAACUGAGCAAAUGUUCGACAUGACAACAUUGGAGCUGCAUCAACAUCUGAGCAGCAUCGACGCCAGCAGCGCCAAUCGAAUUCAUCCCAACAAUCGUCGCAAGAUCGAGCGUGCCAUUGAAGUAUUCCAAAGCACCGGGCAGACCUUGACAGCCAAGUUAAUGGAGCAACGUCAGCAGCCAGGUGGCAAUCGUCUUGGCGGUCCACUACGUUAUCCACAUACGAUUCUCCUCUGGCUGCGUUGUCAGCAGGAUGUGUUGAAUAAUCGUCUGGAUGGACGUGUGGAUGGCAUGUUGCAACAGGGUCUGCUUAAGGAGCUGCGACAGUUCCACAACAGCUACGCGGAUGUCACAGUGCAGGCGUAUACCAAAGGUGUGCUCCAAACCAUUGGCUACAAGGAGUUUGUGCCGUAUUUGCUAAAAUACAAACAAGAGCAGGAUGACAGCUUACAGGAGUAUCUUCAAACUCAUCAAUAUCAGUUGCCCACCAAGCAACAACUCCUGACUAUGGAAGGAGAACUUGCGGAAAGUCUUCAAUUGCUUAGCAGCUGCUGUGAUGAACUCAAGCUGGUGACGCGUCGCUACUCCAAGAAGCAGCUCAAGUGGAUCAACAAUCGCUUUCUGGCCAGCAAAGAUCGUCAAGUGCCCGAUCUCUAUGAGUUGGACACGAGCGAUGUGAAUUCCUGGCAAGAUUGCGUAUACAAAAAGGCUGAAAGCAUUAUUGAGAGCUAUCGACUGGACGAGAUUACUGAGAUUGCGCCCAUGCCAAAGCGUAUACAUCCUGGCGCCGGUCUAAAUGAGGAGACGAGCAACUUUUGUGGCAUUUGUGAGCGUCAUUUCAUAGGCGAAUAUCAGUGGGAAUUGCAUUUGAAGUCAAAUAAGCACAAGCGACGCAGGGAAUCAAAGAGACGCAAGGAAAGAGAGGCAUCAGAAGGGGAGAAGAGAGUGAAGAUGGAACUGAAGACAGCAACGAAGACGGAGACGGGAACUGAGACGGUUGCAACUCAGAUUCAAAGCCCUGAAGAUAGAGGAGCAGAUGGAGCAGAAGACGAGGGCACAUCAAUCUCAAAUUCAGACCCCAAUCGAAGCUGAUAGCAGCUGUAAAGGCGACGACACUUGAGUAAUAAAUAUAAUCUAUUUACGUCUACAAAACCUGA